AUGUCCUCAUAUAUCAACAAUGGCGCCUCCACUCCUCUUGUCGUCAAUGACAUCGGUCCUGGGGAUUUCCGCAACCGUACCCAGGCCGUCCGCACGCUCUUUACGGCGAUACUCGCUAUAGCUAUGUACAACUGCCUGGAGCUCUUCGUGCUUAUCUUCCUGACUUUCAAAAAAUUCGAGGGCCUCUACUUCUGGAGUCUUGUCCUGGCGACAGCGGGCGCCUUGACUGAAUCGGUAUUCCUGGUGUUAUUUUACUAUAUGGAAAUACUGCCUGUGAUAGCCUUCACGUUUGCCAGCAUCGGUUGGUGUUUCAUGAUUACCGGACAGGCCCUCGUCCUAUAUUCGCGACUCCACAUGGUCCUACAUAGCCGACUAGGCCUACGACUCGUUCUAGCAAUGAUAAUCCUUACAGCAAUUCUCUUUCACAUCCCGGAUAUUGUCACCGGGUAUGGAUCUGUGAUUAGAAAUAGAGCACUGCCCAUGUUCACCAAAGCGUUUCAUGUAAUGGAGAAGAUACAGUUGACAGGCUUUUCGGUGCAGCAAUUCAUCCUCUCCGGGCUCUACCUGUACCUCGCGGCAGGGCUCCUGGGCUUCGUGUCCGCAAAAGCUCGUCGAAGGGAGCUAUACCGCCUUAUCGCGAUGAACAUUGUCAUCAUCAUCAUGGACAUGACCCUUGUGACCUUUGUGUAUCUGAAUUGGUGGGUGGCGCACGAGUCGCUAAAGCCGUUCGUCUACAGCAUCAAGUUGAAACUGGAGUUUGCAGUUCUGCGCACAUUGGUUUCCAUGUCGAAAUCCGCUUCCAACGAAUUGCCGGAUUUCGUGGACCCGGAUCAGAUCGAUAGAGACUUCAGGUAUGCACAAGCUAUACCGAUGACGGGAGCACGCCAACGGCGAACCGGCUCCAUGAUAUCUGAAGAGGUAGGCUGGGACCAAACGAGUACAGCGCGUACAAGUGACUCCAGCUUAGCGCAAGCAAAUGGUCAAGAGACCGUGGGGUCUAUAGCUCCGUCUCAACCUGUCAGUAUGACUACCUACAAGAAACGCACAAAAACAUAUCCUUGA